UGGAGUCAAACAAAUUUAGAUUCCCAUCCUGGCUCCACCACUUACUAUGUGAUCUUGGAUAAAUUGGGUGAAUCUCUUUCCAAACUUUAUAUCCCUCACCAAAACACGGAGAUAAUUCCUACCCCUUAGAGCUUUGUGAGGUAUCUGAGGUAUAUAGAACGAUUAUUCUUUCAACAUUUAUAGACCUAUUAAGUGCCAGGCACUGCUUGCAAACUAAACCUACAGAAAGUGUUGGUUAGCUAGCUAUGAUUAUCUGGCAGGGCCAUAUGUUCUUCUGCACUGCAUCCACAGGGGUCCGAGCCCCAAUUGGCAGCAUAGCUAUAUUCAUACCAACCCCACAAAGAUCAAAAGUGAUUACAUCCCAGGAAGGAGGCCACUCCUUUAUCCCACUGCUACACUAAGAGGAAAAGUCAGGGUCAAGCUUUCUUACAUCCAGUUUCUGCAAAGAUAGCCCAGUAGAUGUGAACAUGACUAAACCUCUCCAAUAGAAGCCUUCCAAGAGGCACAGAGGAUCACAGGAGAUAAAAAUGUCCCUGGCUGUUCAGUCACAGACAUGCAGCUCUUUGUCUGUGCCUGGGAGCUAUACACCUCAAGGUCACCAGACAGGAGACAGACGGUUGCUCAGAUCAAGGCUCAUGUAGCCUCUCUGGAGGGCAUCGCUUCAGAAGAUCAAGUCGUACUUCUGGCAGGCAUGCCCCUAGAGGAUGAGGCUACCCUAGAUCAGUGUGGACUGAAGGCUCUGACCACCCUGGAAGUAGCUGGCCACAUGCUUGGAGGUAAAGUCCAUGGUCUCCUGGCCCAUGUUGGGAAAGUAAGAGAGCAGACUUCCAAAGUGGUCAAACAGGAGAAAAAGAAGACAAGCCGAGCCAAGCAUUGGAUGCAGUACAACCAGAGCUUAGUCAAUAUUGUGCCCCCCUUUGGCAAGAAGGGCCCAAUGCCAAGUCUUAAAUCCAUUAAAACAGACAUAGAGGGACCUCAGGGAUAA